AAAGAAGAAGAAAAACAGGAAGUAGUGCAAAUGCCAUGUUUGCUAGGUUAGCUUAAUGUUUGCGUGGUUGUAAAAACUUAAAGCAAAAAAAUGUUUCACGUUGCAUAUAAGUAGUUAUUUUGUUUUUUUGCAAAGAACAAGAAAAAUUUAUCUGUCUUUUCUUACAAUGUCAGACAGAAAACGAAAGUCCGAAAAAAAAGGGGAAAGACGAGAUCAUAAGAAACACAAGGACUCUAAACAUGAUUUGGAAACACUCAAGAAACAAACGAAAAAACUCACCCAGGAGGUCCAAAAAUUGAAGCACAUCGAGACUUUCUAUGAAAAGCCCCCUCCAGGAUUUAUUAAGGAACAUGAGGAGAAACCAGAGGACUGUAUUCCUGCAGAACCAGGAAAUGAAGAAGCCAGAAGCUUCCUGGCGCAGGCUCCCACCAGGGGACUGUGGAUGCCUCUUGGUAAAGAGGUUAAGGUGAUGCAGUGCUGGAGAUGCAAGCGCUAUGGUCACCGGACAGGAGAUAAAGAAUGUCCUUUUUUUAUUAAAGGAAACCAGAAGCUGGAGCAGUUUAGAGUGGCACACGAAGACCCCAUGUAUGACCUGAUUCGGGAAAAUAAAAGAAACGAAAAAGAAACCAGGAUCCAGCAGCUACAGCAACUGCUUCAAGACACAACUUCCUCCUCUGACUCAGACAGCUCUUCCUCCUCUUCCUCCUCCUCGUCCCACCACCAACGUAGCAAAAAGAGGAAAAAGAAGGACAAGAAGAAGAAGGACAAGAAAAAGAAGAAGACAAAAAGGAAGCACAAGCAUUCUAAAACCAGUGACUCAUCUGAUUCCGACUAAGAAUUAAGAAUACGUUUGGUUUGUCUGCUCGAACUUUACAGGCUUUAAAUGUGAAAAGAGACUCAAGCAAGUAACUUCAACUAGAACUUCAACCUAUUUAUCCUCUGCUCGUGACUCCUUUGAGCCAAGACGGCAAAUUGCAUCCAUAACCUCUAUUAGAUCAGUCCGCUCGGUCAGAUGGUGAGUUAAAAAAAAGUAUUUCCCGCCUGGAAAUAGGUCUGUAAAAGCAUAUAUGUGGAUGUAAAUGGAGUUUGCUAGUAAGAGAGAUAAUCCGCCAUCACAGUUUCUGAGGAGAUUGUGUGUCAGCAAACACCGUCUAAAGAGAUUUGCUUCCUCUGCAUGCUAGGCUUACCUGUAUUAAAGUGAUUGUAGUGUUUAAAGCACAUCAACUGUAGAGAGUUUAAAUGAAAGACUAGAUUGCAAUUUGAAUGUUUUCCACAUAAAUGCUUAUUUACUAUGGCAUGCCACUGAGAAAUGAGAAUUCAUUUUUUGAAAUUCUGAGAAUAAAAAAAUCUUCCUUUCAGUCAAUGUUAACCAA